AUGACAUUACUUCCUCCCGUUUCCACUCUGUCGCACCUUCCCGAGGAUGAGCUUACUCAGGUGCUCGACCUCCUUUUUGAACCUUCUCCACCUUUACACGCGCUUUCACUCCCAGUCCUCAAAUCCACUGUCUUCCCUACUUAUGAUAUCCUCAUCGUCGCCGUGAAAGCGCAGCUGUCAGCUCUCGCGAAAUCCGACGAUCCCAAAGAUAUCGAAAAGCUAUCAGAGAUACUAUGCUCGCACCCGCGACUGGGCGAGAAGAAGGUCGAGAGCGAGCAGAGCCGUGCUGAGCAGGCGCAGCUGCACACCGGAGCUGAGGAAGAGAAGGAGCAACUGGCCGCGCUGAACAAGGAAUAUGAAGAGAAGUUUCCAGGACUAAGAUACGUCGUCUUCGUCAACGGCCGUUCGAGACCGGCCAUCAUGAUGAAUAUGCGGACACGCAUCGUCCGAGGUGACAUCAAAGCGGAGCGCCAAGAGGCCAUACAAGCCAUGUGUGACAUUGCUGCCGAUCGAGCCUCGAAAUUGCAAAAGUAG